AUGGCAGCCCCUACUGGGCCUCCCAGCCCUAUGCAGUCUCUUCGGGAAGAAGCAGUGUGCGCCAUCUGUCUGGAUUACUUUAAGGACCCUGUGUCCAUCGGCUGUGGGCACAACUUCUGCCGAGGAUGUGUGACCCAGCUGUGGGGCAAGGAAGAUGAACAGGACCGUGAACAGCCUGCUCCAGGGGACCAGGUCGUUAGAGAGGUUAUGUAUCAUAGGUACACAGAAGAGGAGGCGUUUCAGCGCCGAGCACCUGCUGGACACUGGGUUGGUAAUACCUAUAGAAGGCAUCACGGCAAUGUAGACCCUGCAUGGGAUGACGAGGAAGAAGGCUGGAACAACGUGCAAGGAUUGGUACAUGACCUGAGGAUUAGGGUUUUUCCAGAAGAAGAAAGGGAAGACCAUCACCACAACGGCCACCAGUACCAUCACCAUGGCCGUUACCGCCACCGCCGCAUCUUCAGCCGCGGGCCCCCACAUCCACCUGUGCGUCGGCAGCUAUAUCUAGAUGCCCGCUUACGUUCUCCACCUCGUCCUAUACCACAGGUCUUCAGCUGCCCACAGUGCCGAAGGACUUUUCCAAGUCGCAAUUUUCGCCCCAAUUUGCAGCUGGCCAACAUGGUCCAUAUAAUUCGCCAGAUCUGUGGUACUCCAUGA